UUUUGAUAAAUGAUUCAUUACCCGUUAGGAUAAUGAAUGAAUAUGUAUUGUGGCCGCAUUCUAAAGAAUUUUACGCGUUUUGGGAAACGCAUAGAUAGCCUAUAUAUGUAAGAUAUUCUAGUUGGCCCUAAUUUUUGUCUACACAUCUAACACAUUAUCAGCCAAAGAUUAUUUCCUAACAAGACCACUAGGUGACGCUUGCAUUUAAAACCAUGCCAUUGUUACAUAGUUCAAGCAGGAUCGUUUUCUAUCGAAUUUGUAUUUGUCUAUGGUUUGUAGUACUACCAUAGAGCGUAUAUUUCAGUUCAGUGACUACAACACCACUGCAGGGUCAACUGGUACUAAAAAGGACACUGUCCUGUGAAGAAUCAGCGCUUAGGCGGACUGCUCCGUAGGGGCGCGAUGAACCCCCCCGCCAUGUCACAGUCUACCCCCCUGUUCCCGAACCUCAGUGCCUUGGCUGACACACCAGCUGCUCUGCCAGCCUCCAACAUGGAGCUACAGAAGAUGCUUAUUGACGAGCGGAUGCGAUGCGAGCACCAUAAGACCAACUACCAGACCCUGAAGGCCGAGCACACCAGGUUGCAGACGGAGUUCACGCGGGCGCAUGACGAGCUGAAGCGGCUGCUGGUGGAUAAGCAGGCCGUUCAGGACAAGCACCAGCUGCUGCUGGCCGAGCUGCAGGGGGACCUGCUGGACAAAACCAGAGAGCUGGAGGAGCUCCGCACGCAGGUGCUUACUCCUCAGAAGUUGGAGCUGCUGCGAGCUCAAAUUCAGCAGGAGCUGGAGGUCCCUGUGAGGGAGCGCUUCAGCAAGCUGGAGGAGGAAACAGAAAAGUACAGGUCGGACUUCAACAAGCUGCGGUACGAAUACACCUUCCUGAAGUCGGAGUUUGACCACCAGAGGGAGGAGCACGCCCGCGUCCUGGAGGAGAGGAAGAUACGCUUUGAUGCAGAGGUCCUCCGGCUGGAGAAGGAGAAGGAGGAGCUGAGCGGGCAGCUGCUGAGCUCGGACCCGGCGCGUGACGGCCGGCGCGUGGAGGUGCUGCUGCGGGACAAGGCCCAGCUGCUCCUGCGGCUCAAGGGCCUGGAGGCCGAGGUGGCCCAGCUCCGCGCGGAGAGGGACAACUCCGGCGCCCAGGCCGAGAACGUGCAGCGGAUCCAGGUCCGCCAGCUGGCCGAGUCCCAGGCUGCGGUCAAGGCCCUGGAGGCAGAGAAGCAGUCGCUGCGGCUGCAGGCGGAGAGGCUGGAGAGCGAGCUGCGGCUCAGCCUGGAGCAGAACACCACGCUGACCGGCCGACUGCACAAGGCCGAGCGGCAGGUCAACCUGCUGACCAGUCAGGUGGAGCAGCUGAAGCACUCCCACAAGCUGGAGGUGGCCAACGUGAAGCUGGAAAGCGUGAGGGCCAGGGCGGAGGUGGAGAGGGAGCGGGACGCCCUGCAGAGUCAGCUGGAAGGGCUGCAGCUGGACGUGGAGGUGCUGAAGGAGACGCUGGAGCGCAACAGGGAGCUCCUGGUGGAGAAGGAGCGGGAGGCGGUUCGCCGGGUGCAGGCGGCGCGAGAGGAGGAGUUCCACAAGAUGGCUGCCGUGCAGGAGGAGAAGCUGGAGCUGGAGAACCGCAUUUCCGAGCUGGAGCAGCAGAGGGCGCUGCAGGAGGCGGCGGGGAGCUCGCAGAAGGAGGAGUGGGAGGAGCGCCUCCGAGCCGCACAGCUGGGGGAGGAGACCGCCCGCAGGGAGGCGCAGAGCCUGAGGGUCAAAGUUCAGCAGCAGGGGCUGCAGCAGGAUGAGCUGACGCGAGAGAAACAGGAGAAUGAAGAACUCAGACUGAGAAACCAGGAGAUGAGCGUGCAGCUGGGCACGCUGGGCCGCUCGGAGGCGGAGCUGCUGGAGGCCAAUCACAGGCUGCGCGAGAUGCUGGACCGACUGAAGGAGGAGCUGAGGACCGCUCGCAGCCAGGCCGAGAAGGCCCAGCACGAAGCAGAGAGGGCGCUGGAGGAACGGCGUGUGGAGUGGCUGGAGGAGAAGCACAAGCUGCAGGAGAGGGACACUGAGCUGCAGGAGAAGUACAGCCAGGCCAAGGAGCGGCUGCAAAGAGCUGCGCUGGCGCAGAAGAAGAGGAAGACCAUGAACGAGCACCGAGAGAGGAAGCUCCAGGAUAAGAUUCAGCUGCUGGAGGCCAAGAUCGCAGAGCUGGAGCUGGAGACUCAGGCAGCGAAGAAGCCCGUGCACGCGGAGGAGCGGGCCCACCUCCACCGGCGCCUGAAGGAGCUGCAGAGGAGGCACGGAGAGUUCCGCCGCCUCCUCCUGGGGUCCCAGCUGGCCUUCGGCCCCGCCCCCGGGGCUGACGCACCUUUUGGGGGCCUCCAUGACGCAGAGCACCAGGAGCUGGCCGUGCUGCGGCGACGCCUGGAGGAGCUGGAGUCCAGCCAGCAGCAGCAGCUGGAGGAGCUGGGCCCCCCCCUGGACAGGGACCAGGAGCGGGACGUCCCAUCCCAGCUCUGACCUCGAACGCCCCCCCCCCCUUCCCCCUCCCCCUCCCCCUCCCCCUCCCCCUGAGGAGGGGUCAGAACGUGUUGUUGUGAUGGUAGUUUUUUUAAGAAAAAAUAAUUUUCUAAGAAAGGUUUUUUUUUUUUUUUAAUAAGUGUGUGACAGGUACUCCCAUUUGCACGCAAGAUUUGAAGUUUACAUUGUACAGCGUAAAACACUAUUUCACACUGUUCUUCCAGCUUCACUCCUACACCAAACAGCCUUAUCUAAAAGUAUGCAAGGCCCUCCCCUACCCUCUCUCCUCCAUCCAUCCCUCUCUCUUUCUGAACGUGUGUUGUGAUUGUGUGUGUAUGUGUUAUCCCUUAGGAGCUGAGGUGAGUUUUCACCAUAGCCGUGUGGUGUCUAACGGUGAUGCAGGGGUUGUCCAGUCUUACCCGAAAAGGGCCGGUGUGGGUGCAGGGCAGGUUUUUAUUUUCACCCAGCACCACAACACCUGAUUAAACUAAUUAACCAAUCGUGGUCUUCAAUCGAGGCCUUGAUGAGCGGAAUCAGGUGUACUAGGCUACUGCCGGGCUAAUGCAAACUCCUGCAGCCACAGCUGCCCUUUUCACGUAAGUUUGGCCGCCCCCCCCACCCCCCCGCUAAAGCUCUUCUUGACCCCCAAGUAACACUUAACCGGUGCUAAUAGCAGUGCGGAACUUUCGUAACCACAGUUUCGCAUCUCUAACCUCCUUCCUGUCAGGCAAAAAGCUCGUUUGCGACACGCCCGUGUUAUCACCCUUAAUGUCACCAAACCGUUGGGGACCAAAAAAACAACAACAGACAAUCCAGGGCUGUGGCACAAUGAGACCUCUUUUGUGUCACCUAAUGAUUUAUAGUCUUUUGUACACUAUUCGUGCAUUAAAAUUCUAUUUUUUAUCUUUCA